GGUGCUCUGCUCGGAACCAUCGUAACCAUGGCCGACAGUAAGAGCGAGACUCCAACAGAGAAGGAGACGCCAAAACCGAAACCGAGACCGAUCGUGCGUCUCGGCAUCUUCCUCAUCUCUCACAGCUUCCUCGUCAGUGUCGUUUGUUGCGCUGCUGGUGUUCUGGCUCUGCUUCUCCUUCCUGUUGCCAAGAACAUUUACAUAUCCGAAAAUGCCCUCGUGCCAGGUCGCUUCAUUUCCUUUCUUCCAUUUCCGUUUCUGUUUUUCUACCCAUAACUUUGUGAAUAUGUGAUUGUGGUAGUUUAGCUGGUUUCUGAAUUGAGUGUAGGAAAUUAGCCGGAAAUAGGAAGCUGAAAUACCUUACUUUUCUCUUUGGUCUUCUUAAUGCAUUUGUUUCUUAAGUAUUUAUGGGGGCAUUUAUAUUGUCUUGUUUGGCAUUACAAGAAAUUCAAAGGGUUCAAUCUUAUUGUUUUGUAGGUUCUGCAAGUCCCAUCAUUUCUAAUCAGGAGGUUUUGGAUGGAAAUAAACUGGUUAAGGAUCU